AGAGCACAUCUGCUGCAUGCUGAGCACAAUAUUGCUGACAGCUCACUGAUGAUCAGUGUAGCCCCAUCAGUGCCAUCUGUCAGUGUCCAUCAAUGCCACCUGCCAGUGCCACAUCAGUACCACAUAUCAGUGCCUACCAGUGCACAUCAAUGCCACAUAUCAGUGUCCAUCUGAGCUGCCUUUCAGUGCCACCUAUCAGUGUCAGUCAGUGACACCUAUCAGUGCCAAUCAGUGUCACCUCUCAGUGCCAGUCAGUGCCGCCUAUCAGUGUGCAUCAGUGCCGUAUAUCAGUGCACAUCAGUG